AUGGCUCUCGCCAUUCAUGAAGCAAACAUCGACCCAUCUUAUUUCAUUAUCAAUCCUGAUGUCGGAGACGGGUUCUUCAAGACCUGCAUUGCUUUGCAUCACAUACUGGAUGCGAAAUUAUACAAGGUUUCGUAUCCUGCAGCGGACGAUUAUUUGAAAGCGAGAUGGAAACUUUCGAGAGCGGCCGGUUACAACUUUUCCCGCGCCGGACGAAUUAUUAUUCAAAUGGGGAAAACACUCGGUCGGGACGAAAUGCCCUGCGCUAUCGGGCUUUAUCUCAUGUUGGAUAAACUUCACAAAGAGCGAAAUUUGACUCAUGUUGAGAUAUGGAGAAAGGCGGUUCAAUACUUUGGCUCUCGUCAAAUGGUCAUUGCGGUCAAAAUGGAUGAAAUAUUUGAAGACCUACCACCCGAUUCCGCCAUUGACCUUUCGGGCGAACCCGGUCUCCAGUUGGACGAUACCACUCGCACAGAGAUAGAUGAAGAGAUAGAUGAAGAUACAGAUGAAGAUACAGAGAUUGAAGAUGUGAUCGAAAAUGAAAGGGAUACGAACGAAGUAGAUUGGAGUUCCCGAUUAAGAAAGCGAAAAGAGGUUACUCAAGACACCUCAGACGAAGAUGAUUCGGAGACUACCAAACGACCGAAUAUUCCGAUAUCUACUGGAUUUGGAAGAUCCGAAAACGAGUAUAAUACGCCCCAAUAUCUGGUGAAUCUGAUCACCAAAUUUUGUGGCGAAAUUGAUCUUGAUCCGUGCUGGAAUCCCGAGUCAAAGAUCAUUGCAAAAACCGUAUACGGUGAACAAGUCGACGGAACAUUUGUCAACGCUUUGACGUUGUCUGAUUGGACAAAAAGCAAUUGGGUUUAUCUUAAUGCACCUGGUGCUGCAAUCGACGCUCUACAACAUGGUCCGAAAACUUCUGCGAAAAGACCUUACCUCCAUAACGACUUUUGGGAAAAGACAAUGUUGGAAAUGAAAAAGGGAAACAUCAAACGGAUCAUUGCAAUCAUUCCGAAUUGUCCAUACCGGAAAUGGUGCAGGUUCGCCCUCGCACGGGGACUUUGUUGCCACCUUACGAGAAAAGUCCCGUGGGAUAAAACGGCCGCUGCAAAGGUUCGAAUGGACGACAUGCGAUUUUCGGCAAAGAAUUCACAUAUCUCGAACGAUGUCUAUUCACGCACGAUCGUGUAUAUUGACUCGGAUGCAGACUAUCCACAUACAGAUAAAUUCAUCGAGGUCUUUCGAACCCAUGGAUUUAUUCCCGGAUUAAAUACGCGCAUACCAAGGAUUCUGGAGAUUUCCGAGAAAAGACCAUUGCGGUACUUUUCUGCCUUUGCUGGAAUCGGUGGUGCCGAAAUGGCAUUAAGAAAUAUCUUUCCCGAAGCCAUUUGCGUUGGCUUUUGCGAGACAGAUAAAGACGCUUUAAAAGUUUAUGUUGAGCAUCAUCCUCGACAUAAAAACUUUGGAGACAUCACCAAAAUCAAAACAAAUACCAUACCGGAUUUUGACCUGUUAAUCGGAGGUCCUCCGUGUCAACCUUUUUCGCUUGCCAAUCCGGGAAAAACUAAAUUCACCGAUCCUCGGGCGGAUUUGUAUACACAAUUCGUCAGAAUCCGCAACGACUGUCAACCCCAAUAUGUGAUUAUGGAAAACGUUCCUAUGGAUUCAGCAAGCAUUGCGGAGAUCUCGAAAGGACUUUUGUCUACGACGGUGCAAAAACUCAAUGCCGCGUCGUUUUGUGCACAAAAUCGAAUCCGUUUAUACUGGACAAAUUUCUUUGUUCCGGAACCUUUGGAUGUGCCUUCGCCGACAAUUGACAGUAUAGUAGAACCCAAUCAUUCCGGAAAGUCGCUCCAUUGGAAAUGCUUCAAACAACCUCCUCCCCCAGAUCUCAUUGCCGCGUUCAACAAGGACACGGUGGAGCAAACAGUGAAAUUUCGGGACGAUGGAAAAAGUAACACCAUCAUAGCGACCGAGUGUUAUGAAUUGGCUAUCGCUGCAAAUGGAGUAUUCAGGCUUUUGACCUGCUCGGAACGCGAGAAGUUACAAGGGUUUCCCGUGGGAUAUACCGCAUUUGUCCCGGAUAAAAGUAGAAAGCGAUUACUUGGAAACGCUAUGAACGUACCUACAAUCGAGUACAUCCUAAAGCACAUCCCCUGA